AUGGCGCCUCGCUCUCGAGCCAACGCUGUUGAUACUGACGCGUCCAUGUCUGACGCGCAGGAACACCGCCAGGCGGAGGAUAUGGAAGUCGACGAGACCCCCGAUUACACCGAUACCGAGAACCCCAGCACUACUGCUAGCAGUGUCGCCGGAGAGCCUACCGGAGAUGGACGAAGGCGCCGUACAGAAGUCAACCAACUCCGUCGCAGUAUUUUCGGAAAGAAACAUGAUCGACUAGGUGAAUCGAAGGAAGAUGACACAAUCCGAAGAUUUAGAUAUCUGCUCGGCCUCACCGAUCUAUUCCGACAUUUCAUUGAGACGAACCCAGACCCCAAGAUCCGCGACAUCAUGACCGAAAUCGAUCGACAGAACGCCGAAGCAGCCCGUGCGAAGAAGGGGGCCGGAAGACAAGGAGGUGCUACGAGCGAGCGACGUCGACGCACAGAAGCUGAAGAAGACGCUGAAUUGCUGAAAGAUGAGAAACAGGGAGGCUCUGCUGAGACGGUAUUCCGCGAAUCCCCUUCUUUCAUCCAUGGUACCAUGAGAGACUAUCAGGUUGCUGGACUCAAUUGGCUUAUUUCGCUACAUGAAAACGGUAUCUCGGGCAUUCUCGCGGACGAAAUGGGUCUCGGAAAGACUCUGCAAACGAUAUCUUUUCUCGGUUACCUACGCCACAUCCUGGACAUCAACGGACCACACCUGGUCAUCGUCCCCAAAUCCACACUGGACAACUGGAAGCGCGAGUUUGCGAAAUGGACACCUGAAGUGGACGUUUUGGUGCUACAAGGUGCCAAAGAUGAGAGACAGGCUCUCAUUAACGACAGACUCGUCGAUGAGAAAUUUGAUGUUUGCAUCACUAGUUACGAGAUGGUGCUUCGAGAGAAGUCGCACUUGAAGAAAUUUGCCUGGGAGUACAUUAUUAUUGAUGAGGCGCAUCGUAUCAAGAACGAAGAAUCAUCACUUUCGCAGGUUAUCCGAUUGUUCGACUCGCGAAACCGACUGCUCAUCACUGGUACACCUCUGCAGAACAACUUGCACGAACUCUGGGCUCUCCUCAACUUCUUGCUUCCCGAUGUUUUUGGUGACUCGGAGGCUUUCGACCAAUGGUUUUCUGGUCAAGACCGUGACCAAGAUACAGUUGUUCAACAACUUCACAAAGUUCUCCGCCCUUUCUUGUUGCGUCGUGUGAAGAGCGAUGUGGAGAAGAGCUUGCUGCCCAAGAAGGAAGUCAACGUCUAUCUGGGCAUGUCAGAAAUGCAGGUCAAGUGGUAUCAAAAGAUCUUGGAAAAGGAUAUCGACGCUGUCAACGGUGCAGGUGGUAAGCGUGAGUCGAAGACUCGACUGCUCAACAUUGUCAUGCAGCUUCGGAAGUGUUGUAACCACCCUUAUCUGUUCGAAGGUGCUGAGCCAGGCCCUCCGUACACGACCGACGAGCAUCUUGUUUACAAUGCGGGCAAGAUGGCUGUUCUUGACAAACUACUCAAGAGACUCAAGAAGCAAGGCAGCCGUGUUCUCAUCUUCUCCCAGAUGAGUCGAUUACUGGACAUCCUUGAAGAUUACUGUGUUUUCCGAGAGUACAAGUACUGUCGAAUUGAUGGUGGAACCGCUCACGAGGACCGAAUCGCUGCUAUUGAUGAGUACAACAAACCUGGGUCGGAGAAGUUUGUCUUCCUCCUAACAACACGUGCUGGUGGUCUGGGUAUUAACCUGACGACUGCCGACAUUGUCGUUCUCUAUGAUAGUGAUUGGAACCCCCAGGCUGAUUUGCAGGCCAUGGAUCGAGCCCAUCGUAUCGGCCAGACCAAGCAAGUUGUCGUGUACAGAUUUGUCACGGAAAAUGCUAUUGAAGAAAAGGUUUUGGAAAGAGCUGCUCAAAAGCUGCGACUGGAUCAGCUUGUUAUUCAGCAAGGUCGCGCACAACAAGCCGCCAAGGCCGCAGCAAACAAGGACGAACUUCUGUCAAUGAUUCAACAUGGCGCCGAAAAGGUCUUCCAGUCCAAGGGGGCUGCAGGUACCAUGGGAUCCAAGGAUGGAGAGAUUGAUGAUGAUGACAUCGAUGCUAUCCUUGCCAAAGGUGAAGACCGAACAAAAGAGCUUAAUGCCAAGUAUGAGAAGCUAGGAAUCGACGAUUUGCAAAAGUUCACCUCAGAAUCUGCCUACGAGUGGAAUGGCGAGAACUUUGCCAACACGAAGAAGAAUAUCAACAUGACUUGGAUCAACCCAGCCAAACGAGAGCGAAAAGAACAGUCGUACUCGAUGGACAAAUACUUCCGACAGACCAUGUAUCCCAAUCCUAAGGCGGAUGCGAAGCCCAAGGCACCCCGAGCUCCCAAGCAGGUUCCUGUCCACGACUACCAGUUCUACCCGCCGCGUCUUCGCGAUCUCCAAGAUAGGGAAACUGCUUACUACCGCAAGGAAAUCGGGUAUAAGGUUCCUCUUGCUGACGGUGAAGAAGACACCCUUGAAGAGCGAGAGGCCGAGAGAGCUCUUGACCAACAGGAGAUCGAUAAUGCUACACCUUUGACUGAGGAGGAGAGAGAAGAGAAAGAGAAGCUUUCGCUGCAAGGAUUCGGGGACUGGAAUAAGCGAGACUUCCAACAGUUUGUUAAUGGAUCUGGCAAAUAUGGGCGAAACGAUUACGAAGGCAUCUCCCAGGAGAUUGACAGCAAGUCACCCCCCGAAAUCAAGGCUUAUGCCAAGGUCUUCUGGCAGAGAUACACCGAAAUUGCCGACUAUCCCAAGUACAUCAAAACCAUUGAGGACGGCGAGGAGCGUACACGCCGCAUCGAACAUCACCAGAAGCUAUUAAAAAAGAAGAUGGGCCAGUACCGAGUUCCUCUGCAGCAGCUCAAGAUCAACUACUCUGUUUCCACUACGAACAAGAAGGUGUACACUGAGGAGGAGGAUCGAUUUUUGCUGGUUCUACUGGACCGCUACGGUAUUGACUCAGAUGGUCUCUACGAGAAGAUGCGAGAUGACAUUCGAGAAUCGCCUCUCUUCCGAUUUGACUGGUUCUUCCUCAGUCGAACGCCUAUUGAGCUGUCGCGUCGUUGCACUACUCUGAUCACUACUAUUGUUAAAGAGUUUGAAGAUGUUCCUGCUCGCAAUGGUGUUAAUGGAAAGUCCAAGCGAGAGCCUGACGACGAGAACGACGAGGAUAGCAUUCUUGGAAUGGCACCAGCAAAGAAGAAGGCUAAGAACGGGGUCAAGAACAAGGCGCUUGACAAUGUCAAAUCUGUCAAAUCUAGCAAGAACAGCUCGGCAACUCCGUCUAGAGCAUCCAGUGUUGCGUCUACCGCAUCCGCGGGUGGUUCUGCCAAGAGCAAGAAGGGUAGAAAGAAGUGA